AUGAUGCUACCUAACAUACAAAUGUUCGUACUACUGAAAAUAAAGUUUCUGGCACAAAAUGCUAAUGAAGUUGAACUGUGUAAAAUAGAGCAGAGUGGUGGGAAAAAGCAAAAAGUCGCAAGGAUGAAGAUGAGAUCAGAUCAUGCCGAGAUGGUUUCUGAAACCGCAGGUGGCACAAGGUCAGAGAAUGAGCACACAUUAGAUAUAUGGUUCGAUGUGAUAUGUACUCCGCGAGGUUUGUGCAGUACACGUCACCUGUCAAACUCAACGUUUUGGAUUGAUUUUUACACUUUGAAAUUCUAUGCAGAACCAAUAAUGAAGGAUGCUUUAAAUGAUGGAUAUGUAUCAUGGCGUAGUCAAUUGGAAAUGAAAGCAUAUUUUUUUCGUACGGGUGAUAUUUUUAGAAGUUGUUCUCCAUAUCCAUCUUAA